AUGGCAACUCACACCUCCUCCACAGCUGUCACCGCGCGCCUUGCAGCCGACGGCAAAAACUGGAAGGACUGGAUUAAACAACUCAUCAAUUACGCAGCCGCCGAUGGCGCUGUAGCCGUCCUAGAUGGGGCUCCGCGCCCAGAAUUUGACGCUACAGACGACAAGUAUCGCAUUACCGCCAUGCAGCGCCCGAUCACUCAUCCAUUAGGCACCUCAACAGACGUUAUCCAAGCCGAGCUUGACCGUGUCGGCAAACUCAACAAGACUAUAGGACCGUUCAACAAUGAGGCUCGACAGCUACUUAAAGAGGACAAGCUUGCGCUUGACUCAUGGCCUCUCGUAGCUCAGGUGCGCACAUGCCCCACCGCCCACGAUAUGUACAAGGCUCUCAAGGACCUAAACAGCAACGGUGACUACGCCAAUGCUGCUCUCGCGUGGACUGCCUUCAUCGACCUCCGCGCUAAGACCCAACCCACAGUCCGCAGCUAUAUUGGACAGUUUCGCGAGACGAUUAAUGACAUCACGGUACAAGGCAUCACACUUGGAUGGAAGAAGCCUUCAGCAGUACCUGGUACAUCCGCUGACCGCGACGUCGAAGACCUGCUCAUCAUCCACUUCCUUCACGGCUUAGCUCGUGUACUCCCACAGUGGGUAGAAGCUCGCAAUAACGACCUCCGCCAAGGCCAUACAUGGUCUAUCGACACGCUCGUCGCGUCUCUCGAGGAUCACCUACGCCAUGCCCCAGAUGAGCCCGUGAAGACUUUUCUCCCCGUCUCUAAACAAGCGGAGGAGAAGCGCGUUCUCACACGCCUAAACGGCCGCGGCAAUGGCAACAACAACAACCAGAACUCUACUCCUCCGUCUCUGACGACGCGCAAUAGCACCCAACAGAAGCGUACUCAUCAGCCUGUUGGAUUUGACACUAACUAUAUCUAG